CGGUAUAUCUCUACUCUCUCUGCUGCCGGUGGGUGCGGCGUUCCGCGCACGCGCGGGGACGACCCAUAAUUCCCGCGAGACGCGGGGCGCGGACCGUUAAAUUGCAUUUACUUUGCACUGGGCAGCGUUUACGCCGCUCGGAGCCGUGUCGACGUUUCUCCGCGUUUCUAACCUGAAAGCAUGGGCGACACCGAGCAGGACCCGGGCGACCGGGUCGACGGCGACAGCCAGAAGAACGACAAAAUGUUCAGCCUGAAGAAGUGGAACGCCGUGGCGAUGUGGAGCUGGGACGUGGAGUGCGACACCUGUGCCAUUUGCCGAGUCCAGGUUAUGGAUGCCUGCUUACGGUGCCAGGCAGAAAGUAAGAAGGAGGUUUACGGCCGGCAAGACUGCGUGGUCGUUUGGGGCGAGUGCAACCACUCGUUCCAUUACUGCUGCAUGUCGCUUUGGGUCAAACAGAACAAUCGUUGCCCAUUGUGCCAGCAGGAGUGGUCUAUCCAACGAAUGGGGAAGUAAUCCUUGCGCGUACGCCAACGUUUAAUCGUAGCCUUUAAGUUUUUUCUUGCAAUUAUUCGGCCAAUUAAUAUCGAAGUGGAUUCGCUUUACCGAGAAGCUGCGGGUUGUGAUAUAUUCUUCGGACGACUGUGGAAUUUAUUUCCUUUUUCAGAAAUCUUCGCAAGUGAUAAUCAAAGUUAUGAUAUUUUAGACAAGAAUUAUUUUGUUAUAACAUAUUUAUUAUAGAUAUAAGUAUGUUAUAACGAUAUUUAUAAAUACUAAUAUUAAUGAAUACUAUGUAAAUAAAAUGUGUGAUUGCCAUUAAAAACUUGCAGAUUAUAAAAUUAUCGCUUCUCUUCUAUAAAACAAAUUGUUUCCUUUGUAUUACUAUAGUGUAUAUAUCUAAAUGUGAUUGUGUAUCGAAUAAUAAUUGCUUUUUUAUUGCAUAGAA